UCACGAGUGUCGGCAGGAUUUCGGGUAAUAUUAAUUAAAAGAUACUUGAGAGUAAUAAGAUUGCUUGGUUUUACUGCUGAGUUGCAUUCGCGAUCGGCGCGUCUAUAGAAUACAUCUACCGCAUUCAUGCAUUCGUCGUCUCGUACGCGACGAUGUGAAAUUGCUUCCGCAUACACCAAAACUUCUAGUCGUUUUAUCAAAGUCGGUUAAAUUGCAUCGUGGUGAGAUUUAAUCACGCUUUUUACUCCUUCAAAAUGAAUUUCGCGUACGAAAAAACGUCGGCAAUGCAAAUCUAGUAUUGGGCGUGUCGUAGCGCGUUAAUAUGUGUAUGUCGCGAUUAGCUAUUACGAGAUGCAAUUGACGCCAAUAAUGAUUGCACGGUACUUACAAUAUGGCGAUAGUUAUUUUAUUUCGAAUUGGCUCGGUCAAAAAUGGCAAUAGAAUUGAUAGUGCCGCGUGAAAUGGUGUUGUUUACUUGCUCAAAGAGUGAGUCUGAUGAGUCAAAAUUUGUCGGUAGUGCGAAUUUAGUAUCGGGCGAUUAUCGUGGUACGUAAUAAAUGUGCGCAACCGUAAUUAAUGGUACUUUUACGCGAUGUGCGGUCGGGAGUCGCGUAAUAAAAUGUACCUACCGUGUUCACGUUGUGUUGAUCAAGAAUUGUGGUGAAAUCACACUGUAUUUUUCAUACAUUUUUUGCGCGUUAAAUCGCACAUAUAAAUGUGCAUCAGGAGAAUUGUGUAGUGUAAUGUGUGUGAUCGUAAUCAGUUGAUUUUUUUAAUUGUAUUUUUUUAUUGUAUCCGCGAGUGAGUGUUUUUCAAUAAAGUCGAAGCCAAGACAAAUUCAACACAACGACGGUGAUUCAACGACGGUUAUGGCAAUAUAGCAACUGGAAUUUUGAAAGAUAUGGCAGCUUGACAGUGCAGUGGGAAGAGCUGGAAGUAUCAACUACUGGUAAAUACAACGAUCGAUGUUUUGAGCAGUACCGCGCGGAAAGAUGAAGACUGCGGUCGGCUCGCUACUCUUUCUCCUCAUCAGCGGCGUCGUUUCCGUCGAGUGGAAACACAGCGCUGUCCUGGACAAUAAUUUCUUGGUGCUCUGGACGCCCGGCGAGCGGGACGUUACAUUCGAGAUCCAAGUGAAGACCCUCGGUUAUGUCGGGCUCGGUUUCACGAAGGACGACGGCCGCGGCGGGGCCGACAUGGUCAUCGGAUGGGUCGAUAACAACGGCCAAGUCCACCUUCAGGACCGGCACAUGAAGGACGCCAGCAGAGAUCCGGAGGUGGAUGCGAGCCAGGACUACCGGCUGUUACUGGGUUACGAGAACAAGACGCAUACGGUGCUCCGUUUCAGCAGACGAUACGACACAUGCGACCAGCGGGACCUGAAGAUCACGAAUGACACGAUGCAAGUAGUGUGGCAAUAUCACGUCGAGGAGCCGGUGUCAGCGGCCGGAGUCUUGCCCGAUCAUGGCGCAGUGCGAGGAUCGAGGCCAUUGUACUUGGUACAGAGGGACGCGCAGCCGAGACGAAACUCGCGUCAGAAUCAAGACAUGGAACCACCUCUGAAGAUCUGGGAUAUUUUAAAUAAGCAGGUUCGUUUACCCAUGGGGCAAGACACGCUGCUAUGGUGCCGUGUCCUGAAGAUGCCGAGCAUUAAUCACAAACACCACGUCGUGAAGUACGAACCAGUUAUUCAGCCGGGAAGCCACGAAUACCUGCACCACAUGACCCUGUACGAGUGCCGCGGAGAGCAAGCCCAAUUGGAAUCCGCGGCCCAAACGACGGGGAGUGUCUGUUACGACGAUUCUGAUAAACCCAGAUUCCAGUGCAACACGAUCGCAGCCACUUGGAGCCUUGGAUCUGAGGGCUUUAAUUAUCCGCCGGAGGCCGGAUACGCGCUCAAUCCGUACACGGGUCCGCGCUACUACAUGCUGGAGACCCACUACACGAACCCGCAGCUGGACGCCUUCAUCAGCGACAGCAGCGGCCUGCGUCUCCUCUACACCGACCGACUGCGCGCCCAUGACGCCGGCAUCCUCAGCGUCGGCAUCGACCCAAACUGGCGGCACAUAAUACCGCCGGGCCAGCCCGAGGUGGUCUCCGAGGGCCACUGCAUCGCCGAUUGCACCGGCCAGACGAUUCCGAACAGCGGCAUCAACAUGUUCGCCGUGAUCAUGCACACCCACCAGCUCGGCAGAAAGGUCCGCCUGCGGCAGAUCCGCGCCGGCGAAGAGCUACCGCCCAUCGCCGCCGACACCAACUACGAUCCCAAUUAUCAGGAAUAUCGGAAGCUUCAGAGACCGGUUAAGGUGUACCCGAGCGAUCACUUAGUCGCCGAAUGCACGUACUCGUCCGAAUCCCGGGGGGCCAUCACGCUCGGCGGCUUGGGAACGAGAGAAGAAACUUGCCUGGUGUCCGCUCUAUAUUAUCCUCGCAUUGAGUUAUCUCUUUGUUAUUCUUUACCGUCGCUACCGACUGUACUGCACAGCUUGGGAAUUCAGAAAUUAGUGCCGGGUUCCAGUCCGGUAAAGAUUCAGGAGCCGCAGAAUCUAGCGGACAUGACUUUGGAGGAACGAUUGGUGAGCUACGACUGGGAGACGAACUUCCAGAGUUUCCAGGAAGCCACUCGCAGCGGCACGUUCAAGCCGCUGUGCGGCGGCAGCAAGGGCGCCCUACCCGGCACGGACAAUCUCGAGGCGCACUAUCCGCGCAUCCUCAGGCCGUACGAGGAGACGACCGUGCCCUGCACGAAGAAGCCGCUGCGGAACAAGCUGUCGAUGAUGCUGAGCGAGGACGACGACAUCGGCGCGCCGGUCGAUCCCGACAGCGACGAGACGAACGCGGUCGAGCGAGGCCAGCUGGUGCGCAGCAAGGUGUCGCGCAGCAGCGACGCCGGACCCGCGGUCGGCAGCUCGUGUGGCCGCACGGUAUCGGCAGCGGUGAUCCUAGCUGCCGUCACCGUCGUCGCGGGCGCCGCGUUCAGGUGAACGUUGCCGCCGGUCGAUCGAUCGUUCGAGUACACUCGGAUCCAGGAUCACCCUGGUGGUCGUCCAUCGCGAUCGAACCCGCGGCGGAACGAGCAACAGCUGGAGCGUGCAUGCGUUCGCGUAAGUACAUGCCAAUCUCAGCGACGCGAAACUUAGACUUAGAUAGGUGUUAUCGUUCUCCGAUCGAGCGCGUCCGGGAUUCGCCGGAAGAUUCGAUUGGCGAUUUUUUUUUUCUUUGUUUUUUUCCCGCUGAGAGGUGUUUUUUUCCGACGCGGUUGACGGCUGGCGCGACCCUCCUCGUGUACCAUAUCGUGUUUUUAUUCGAUAAUAGAGAAUUUACGAUCUUCAUUAUUCCGAUACCGAAUAGUAAAAUGUUGGUGGAAUAGGAAAACGGUGGUGGAGUAAUUGAAACUGAUUAAGAAUGACGUGACGUGUUUAAUUUGAAAGUGGUGCAAGUUCGCUUUCGAGAGAAUCCCAUCGAAAUUGACGUACCGCAUCGCACUUUACAUUCGCGUUUCAUCGAACUCUUCACACAAUCUCCAUCUGAACGAGACCGAAUUUACAUAACUUUCAAAGUAAGCAGCUCAUAAAAACGCGCAUAUUGCGAAGAGUUCGCCAGCCCUCAGCCGAGAAUGUCGAAUUUCCGCGAAUGGGAAAGGACAAUUGCAAUCGGCAUUCAAUCGGUGUAGGUAAAACCUAUAUACAUACAUAUAUCAUAGAGACGUAGCGGAAAUUACCGGAUCCACGUUAUCUCGACUUAUAGGUGUUGAAAUAAAAUUAUGGUAAUUUUACGGUGGCGUCAUUGAAAAUAUCUCAUCCGCCGUACACGGCGCUCGGUUUUACCUGCAAGAGACGUUAACUUUCUCUUUCCCAGCUUUUCUUUCUUGUCACUAUAAAGCUGUGUAUCGGAAAAUGUUUAAAAAAAAAUUUAACUGAAAACAUAUUGAUCGUUAGAAACACAUUAAAAUAGUUAAAGACUCGAUCUAGAAAAGGCAGUCGCUAUUAUAUUUUUCCCGCACGUCAAGGCAAAUGAUUCUAUAAAUGUUGUAAGUGCUAUUGUUAGAACACUUUAUGAAAUAGCAAAUAAACGUACAGAGUAUUUUUGCUGCAAAUAUUUAGAUCAAAUUCGUUCCUACAUUUUUGUUUUUGGCACUUACAAGCUCUUUUUACGUCGAGUUUUUAAUAUGCCCUUGUCCUUAAUAAUAUUGAAUGUACGCGAUCUUCAAACUUGGGACAAUGCUAACCAAACAUUCAUCUGGACAAUUGAAAGUUGUGCAGGAACGAGAGAGCUAAUGACACUGCGCUGGGCGGAAGCGGAUGUGGAUGCGCGUUAAUUCCGCCCGCGGUGAAACCGAGCGCGCGAGAUCGGAUCUAUCGCGUCCUCGUUUCGCGAUCGGCUUUUCUCUUUCGCGACUUCCGCUCGCGCGCACCACUGUUAUGUAAUAGAGAGUUUUUGCGAUACGGUAUUUCGAACACGGUAAACGCGGAAGUCCCGCGUUCGAUGCGAAAUAGCUAUAAAUUGCCGUGACAAUUUUCACCUGAAAUUUGCAUUAUUAUUUAUACCCGGCACAUUUGCAUAUACCAUAUUCGAAACGCGCUAUUGCAGAAAAUCUGUAAUAUCCCGCACGCUCGUGCAGAACGAUCGUAGCGAGGUAUCUCUCGAAUACGAGCGCAUCGGCCAUGUCGUACGUGCGCUUCGGCACGUCGGAGUCAAAGGUGCGAGUCGACGGAAACGAAUAACGCGAGAGCUUCUCCGUUCUCUACGUACAAAUGCAUUCGCUGCCUACAAUACUUUGGCACAUAAUCAAAAGUUAAAAUAACUUAUCAAUUGUAUUAUAGAGAGGGGCCCACAAAAUCGCUCUGUAGCUAAUUAUUUUUGACAAAAAGUUUUGAAAAUUUACAAGGAAUACAAUAUUGUAUUCCAACAUAUUGGAAUUAUUUAAAGACCGUAGUUACAAUUGCAAGUAAAAUCUGACAAAAGUUGCUAUUGAAUAGUUUCGUUAUCGUAGAAAUGUUUGAAAUGUUAAUCUACGUGAUUCUUAAUAUUGUACGAAUUGUGAUAAUGAUUGAAAUCGGACGAACUCGUUCGAGGCGCAUGCAAUGAAUACGAAAAUGACACUGCGGGUGGCUGCACUAUCCAUUUACAGUUUAAGUUAAUUAGUUCGUCCCGCGAUCACACUGCCUGAUAAAGCUGCCAUUCAUCGUUGGCACCUAGUGUGAGUCAUUCUAUCAUCAUCCAUUUCGCGAUAGCUGCCUGGUGCUACCAGUACCAACUAAAGCCGCUUUUAAGUCGCAUUAAAAUGUAUCUAGUUCAUCUCAGUGAGCGGAGAAAGUAACAUUCGAUAAUUAAAGUAUUAAAAAUGCUGUUUGACCUUUUGUCGCACGGCUCUUUUCGUCGAUGGCCGAUGAUUCCAAACGAGAGAUAUCCUCGCAAGUUUCCGCGGUUCUGUCGACAGAGCGAAAUUACUUUCAAGCUUCUUUCGAGGUACUCGCGAGAAUUUAAUUGUUGGCUGUUUAUUUGCUGAUCGGAAGUCGCGCGCGCGCAGACAUAAUACACAAGAGACAUUGCAAUUUCUGCGAAAGUACAUUUCGCGGACUUUACUUCGCAAGGUGCGUCCCAAAGUUCCCAAAGUGCAGCGCUUUUAAGUUAAAUUUAAAAUAAAUUUAUAAAAUAUGACAAUGUAAAAUACGACAAAAAUAUCAAGGCUUUUGAUUAUUUUCUUAUGAAAGAGAAAACAUAAAGACAAAUCAAGUAUAAAUAUAAAGUAUAAAUAAAUAAUGUCGCGAGAUCGAUACUUUCAUCGCGGUGUUUUAAUUUAAAAUCUCAUUAAUUUUUUUUAUAUUAAGUAAAAAAAGUUAAUCCGUAAAAAUAAAAUUCUAAAAG